AUGAUUUCUCCUUCGACUAUUCUCUUCUAUGUUUUACUCUUCAUAAAUCUUUGUGAAGCACAACAAUUGAAUUCUUCAUUGAUAUCACGAUGUAAUUAUCCAUCAUGCAGUUCUCGACGUAUUUCAUGUUCUUCCAAUAUCGAUUGUGAAUGUUUUUCUUUAACAACAAAUUCAACAAAUGGAAUUUGUGGAUCAGCAACUUUCUCAUGUUCAAGUUUUGUUCGAUGCAAUUCCGAUAAUAAAACAUGUUCCAUUGAAAAUACAGUUUGUGUCAACAGUACACGAUGUGAUCAACCUCUCUGUUAUCCAUUAGCUUUAGCUAAUAUUUUAAUUUGUCCAAAAAUGAUUACAACCACAACAACUAAACCCACGACAACAACGACUAAACCAACAACAACAACACCUAAAUCAGCAGCUACAACAAUGAUUAAUCGAUCUGGUAUGACUUCUAUGCCAUUAAACACAGCACAAACUCAAUCGGGUACAAAUCCACCGAAUAUGAGUACAAUGAUGAAUCGUGUUGAUAUGACUUCAAUGGGAGUAAAUACAGGAAUGCCAUCAGGUACGAUGAUGAAUGACGCAAGUAUUAUGACACGAAUUGCAUCUGAGACAACAAUGAUCAAUUCACCAUCAUCAUCAACAACAACAACAACAACAACUUCAACAACAACAUCAUGUCAAGCAUUUUCUUCCAUGAUAACAUAUUCAUGUGGAAAUGGACCACAAGGAAUUGCUACAGGUGAUUUUAAUGGUGAUAAUCAAUUAGAUAUUGUUGUUACAAGUAUUUAUGAUGGUGUUAUUAAUGUCAUAUUAAGUAAUAAUAAUGGCGGAUAUUCUUCACCAAUAUCAUAUCGAUGUGGAACAUCUCCUCAAGGUAUUUCAGUAGGUGAUAUUAAUCAUGAUAAUUAUUUAGAUAUUGUUGUUGCUAACGGUGCAAAUCAUAGUUUAAGUAUAUUUUUUGGUCAAAAUAAUGGAACAUUUUCUUCUCAAAUGGUUUUAUUAUCUGGUUUAACUCCUUGGCAUGUUUCUCUUGAUGAUUUAAAUAAUGACACAAAUUUAGAUAUCGUUGUAACAAAUGCAGGAAGUAAUAAUAUUGGAAUUUAUCUUGGUUAUGGAAAUGGAACAUUUAUGAUUCCACAAACAUAUUCAACAAAUUUUUAUCCUGUUGGACUUGCGAUUGGAGAUUUAAAUAACGAUGGGAAAAAAGAUCUUAUUGCAACAAAUGCAGGUGAUCGAACAAUAAGUAUUUUUCUCGGAUAUGGAAAUGGAAGUUUUUCAAAUCAAAUAUCUUAUACAACUGGUCUUUUUUCUUGGUCAAUUGCAAUGGGUGAUUUAAAUAAUGAUCAUUAUUUAGAUAUUGUUUUAUCUUAUCGUGAUAAUAAUACAAUUAGUACAUUUCUUGGUAAUGGAACUGGUUUAUUUACUAAAUAUGAAACUUAUUCAACAGAUAGUUAUCCAUGGAAAGUUUUCAUAUCUGAUUUUAAUAAUGAUCAUUUAAAUGAUUUCGUUGUUGUUAAUACGGGAAGUGAUGAAAUAAGUCUUUUUAAUGGAAUUGGUAAUGGACAUUUUUCUUCUCAAAUUCGAAUACCAACAGGUGAAUAUCCAUUUGGACUUACUGUUAAUGAUUUUAAUCGAGAUGGAAAACUUGAUCUUAUUGUUGCCAAUCAAGAAGAUGCAAAUUUUGGCAUUUUUUAUAACAAUUGUUAA